AAAAACAGGCUCAUUGGCAAUCUCCCUACUCAUCUCUGGUGUAGUGCUAUUUGCAGCUACCUGGCAAAUGGCGGUGACGUGUGAGCAAUAUGCGCUUAACAGUCAACUACAGAGUUUCUCCGACAUUUACCGUAAAUAUAACUUUGAAAGGUGCAGCAAGAAGCGAUCCUCUUUAUAGAAAUAAAUAGAGAUUAUCCUGACUCGUACUGAAUUAUGUGUCAUUGCUUACAUCCAUAAUCGUUGAAUAGACAACCAUAACAGUACGGAAGAUUACGUUCCUGUACCACCUAAUACCAGUAUUAAUUUAGGAUACAAUAAACAAUGGACAAAAAUAAUAAACGAGAACUAUUUGAGGCUGUGGAAAGGCAAAAGGAGCAAUUGUUAAAAUGUGAGAACCAGCUUCGAGAUAUAGGUCCGGCAUAUGAAGAACUUGUUAAAGAGAAAGAAGCAUUAGAGGAUAAUUUGAAGGCAUUAACGAUCAAGAUGAAUAAAAUCGAAGAAUCUGGCGAGACGAGUACUCCAAAAUCAGCGACGAAGUUAAAAAAGAGCAAAGGAAACCAGAGACUGUGAGUCAAUUGAAGACCCAACUCGGAGUACUUAUGACUUCAUUAGCUACACUCUCUGCUGAGAAAUCGAAAAUGGAAGCAAAUUUUCAGUCCGAUAAGAGGCAAUUAAGAAGUGAGCGUGAGGAGUGUGAAAAAGUAAUACGGGAUCUAAAAGAAAAAUUAAAAAAAGCACAGAAGGAUAUCCACUCGGAAGUGGAACAUGUGAAGUAUAAAUUAAUUAUGGAACGCCAUGAACGAGAGAAGGAGCAAGCUGAUCAUUCUGCAAUGAUGAAAGAAUUGCAAAGAUUAGUGAGUGACGAACGCCGUGCAAAAGAGCAAUUGGAAAUGCAAGUAAAGGAAUUAAAAAGUCAAGUAUCGGGUAAAUCUCAAAGAAGAAUUCUGGAAGCUGAAUUAGAAAUUGCAAGAAAUAAGCUCAAAGAAGCAGAAGCGGCCGCCAAGGAAACACCGCCCUUGCUUCUAUCCUUGCAAGCAGAAAUGGCCACUUUGAAACGACAACAUCGUAAUGCGAUUCUUGAAGAACAAAAGAGAGCUGGUGCUGCAGAACAACAAGCCAGAGUUCUUGCGAUGACGCAUGAAGCUAGAGUAGCAGGUUUGGAAGCCCGACUAGCUGAACUGUCAGAAACUGUUGGAGGAUAUGAUAGGCUCAGACAACAGGAUCAGCAAGCUAUUCAAAAGCUGAAAGAUCAGCUGGCCAAUUUGCGGGAAAAGGACCAAAAAGAGCCGCAACUGACUGAACUGAAUAUUGAUCCACAAGAAAUUAUUGGAAAAAUUAAAAAAUUAUAUUCUCGGUUACUAGACUGCGAUAAUAAAGGAAAUGGUUCAUCACAUGCUAAAGCUCUGCUGCAUAGUUUAAAUUUGUAUGACAGUAAUCAAGAUCUGGAGUAUAAGGAGAAGUAUGAGUCUUUGUCUCUAGAAUUUGAGGAUUACAAACAACAAACUACAUCAAAAUUAAAUGCAUUGACUUCAGCUAGAAUGCAGAGUGCUCGAUAUCAUGCUAGUAAUAUGAUGGAGUCUAACGAGAGAGAAAACAAUAACACUCAGUUACAUCUUGCUAAGACACAUAAUAGAAACUUGGAGGAGAGAAUAAGAAUGCUGAAUGCAGAGAUUGCUGGAAAAGAAAGAGAAUGCAAAGCUAAAUUAGAACAGCAGCAGCAGUUAAUUCAAGAUGAACGUAUAAAACACGAACGAAUCUUGUCUCAAAAAGACAACGAAUAUCGUGGUAAAAUAGCUGCUUUGGAGCAGCAACUUUUACGUCAAAGGGAACGAUCUUUAGCCGUGAUAGAGGAGAAGGACCAAGAAAUCGUUACGCUAAAAACAUCAUUUCAUGCAUUAUUGCCAAAUAAAGGUUCUUCGUUUUCAUCUGAGGAAAAAUCGACAUCAUCUUCAUUGGAAAAUGCAUCGGAACCAACCACGGAUUUGGUGACAGGAUUGUUAACGGGGGACAGCCCUCCAAUGUUGCAUUACGCCCAGGAAUUAGCAAGAAGAGAAGUUCAAGUAUCGGCACUACGAAAAGCUAAUAUGAAAUUAGAAGAACAGCUGAGAGAAAACCAGAGAGACUUCUUUCAUGCAGUUGAAAAACAUAAAGAUGAAUUGAAAGGAUUGCAAGCUCAGAUUACAAGACUCGAAGCUUGCAAAUCUAGAGAAGGCGCCAAUUUGGAAUAUUUAAAGAAUGUGUUCGUCAAUUUUUUGAUCACAAAUGACUCCUCCAGUAAACGACAUAUGUUGAAUGCUAUUUCUACAGUGUUGCAUUUUACUCCAGAUGAGAUGGAUAAAAUUCGUCAUUACAAGUGGUAAUUGUAAGACUAAAAGACAUCUGAUCACAGGUUACUUCAAUUUACAUAACGAUUUACAAUUGUCAUCAACAGUAGGCAGGAACCAUACUGAAAUAAGUAAAAUAUCAAAGGUUCAAUAAAAUUAACUUCGUUGGUAAAUUUUAUAAGCAAGUAAAGAUAUAAAAUAACCUUGUAUAGUGAUACUCUCAAGGAAAUGAUAAAAGGAUUGUAAAAAAUGUAUACGUCCAUCUUAAUUAUUCGAAACAAUUGAUGUAAAAGUAGAAUUACUAUUACCACACCAUGAAAUCUUGUGCAAUAAUACAUUCGUACAUUUUUACAGUUUAUAUAUAUAUAUAUGUAUAUUUAUAAAUAAAUUGUAUUAAUGUGGUAUGCAAGAAGAUUUAUGUAACCGACCAUCGUAGUUCUUAAAUCAACUAAAUUAUAAUUAACGUUAAGAAUCUGCCACUGAAUAAAGUACUAUAAGAGUGCAUGAAUUCUUGAAGAUUUUUAGUAAUCUGAAACGAUAUUGCAUGUAAAAGCAUUAAUGCCCUUGAUAUUAUUGUAUAAAAAUGUACAAUAUUUUA